AUGGCAAAGAGAGCCAAGUCUGUUUCCUUCGAAAGUGACUCCGACUAUAGCGCUGACGAUAGUCGACCAGCCCUCACGGGAUUACAGCUUCUUCAAUUGGCCCAGUCAGCUGAUACGCCCGACGUGCAAUUACAGGUGGAGGUGGAGACGCUAGUGGACAACCAUUUGUUCAUUGCGCCCCACAGACACCUGAUUAAGUACUUUGUGAAGGCACUUAUUGAGUUGUUUAAGCGCCACCCCUCGGAGGAGCUCUCGGUGCAGUUGUUAAACUUGGUGAAUUUAUUCAGCCAGCGGAAAGUGCUCACCGCAGUUCCCGAAGACGACUUUCAGGAGCUUGUGCGGCUGAUUGUGCCCUUGACCGGUUUCCUCUCCAGUCGCUUGGCGGCCACCGCCAUCCUUAACCUUUGGUUGGGCUUUCCCGAAGAGGUAGCGGAGGCAUUGUUGAGCAGAGAUUCGAAGGUGUCGCCGUACGUGGCCAACGCGGUGUUGCCUCGACUUUUGUCUGGCGAAGUCGACAUAUCGUCGAAGAGUGCCAUCGGCAAAGUUGCCGAGUUGAUGACAAUAGCGCUGACCGAUGUACCGGCGGAACCCUUGACGUUGGUGGAAGAACACCGCAGAAAGUUGCCUCGUAAAGUGAGGAAGGCAUUACACGCAAAGUUGUUUAACCCUAGCGAGACUCCGGAGAAGACGCCAACCCCGCCUCACGCUACCACCUCCGGCGAAACUAUCUCCAAUGUAUUGUCUCUGCCCUUGCCACGGCCGCUAUUAACCACUACAAUCGAGGAGGUGGCUUAUAAGCAAAGCCCGAGACGGACUCCGACUAUCAAAAGCGACUUAACGCCAGCAAAGCGACUGGGAUUGAUGCUGCGUAGUGGCGUAUUGCCAGCUAAACGGCACAAGCCGUCAGCUUCUCAGAAGAGACCUAAAAUGACCUUCGCUGAAUUGAUGGAGCGGGCGAAACUUGUGCCCCCAACCUUGGACAACUCGCCCUUCUCGGAAAUCACCUAUGAUGAAGACAGCGAUGAUGACGCCCUCAACAGAUGA